UCCCAUCAGCCAUAAGACUGUUUAACUCUUUGCACUGACUACCUGCACCCUUCACUGCCACUUUAUGGUUUCAAUAUGUAUAUUUUUUGUUCAUUAUGUAUAUUUUCUAAAGUUUACUUUAAUUUUAGAGUGCUUUUUGCUUUUUAGUUCUUUUACUCUUUUUAUUUUGUUAACUCCUUUUCUCUCUUUUUCUGCACUGCCACUUGCUACUGCACAAGUAUGUUUCCCCCAACGGGGGUGAAUAUAAAGCCCUACUCUACUCUCUCUACUCUCUAGUAGAACUGGUUCAAGUGUCGUCCACUCCUCAUCCAAUCACUGUCCACCAUGUCCAACUGCAUCAGGACAGAGAACCAGGCCAGGGCUGCAUUCCAGUCAGCCAGUAAAAGGCUGGACCCCAAAGACCGGGUGGAGUACUACAACUCCUGGGCUGAAACCUAUGACAAGGAUAUCAGCCUGGUGAGCUACAGUGCACCUGAGCUGGCCGUCAACUUCCUGUUUGAACACUAUAAAGGAAAUCCUGAAGAAGCGCUUGUUCUGGAUGUUGCCUGUGGGACUGGAUUGGUGGCUAAAAGGAUGAAUCAAUUGGGUUUCAGACACUUUGUUGGAGUGGAUGGCAGUAAAGGCAUGCUGGAUAAGGCUAAUGAUACCGGUCUCUACCAGCAUCUGGAACACACCCUACUGGGUUCAGAACCACUACCUGCAGAACCUGGUAAGUUUGAUGUGGUGAUGAUUGUUGGUGCUUUACGUCCUGGUUUGGUACCAAUCAGCGUCAUCGAGGAACUCUACAAAGCUGCCAAACCAGGCGCCUACAUUUGCAUGUCGAGGGUCAACCCGAUACCCGAGGAUGCAGAUGAAUACAAGGACAAGAUGGAGGCACUAGAGAUCAGGUGA